UUCCAAGAACUCUGGGGGACAGUGAGAGAUGGAGGAAAGGACAUGCGAGAUGCUGAAAGAUGCAUGAAGUCAGAAACAAACAUAGCUGUCAAUGCUGUCUCCCAGGACAUUCCGCAGGAUCUUCCUGACACACCCGGGAACCCAAACAGUUGGGGUAUAGAGGAGUUAGCAGGCCAGCUGGCCCUAGUGAAUGAGUUAAGCAGAGUUCACAGGCACUCAGGUGAGCCCCCACUUAGAGAUGAUGUUUUAGCCAUCUUUAUGGAUGCGAGCAGCAGCUCUGAGACAAGGCACCGAAGACCAAACAUUGAGGAUGAAGAGAUUAUCCAGACAGUUCUGGAUUUGGAAGAGGAUUACAGCACAGCCAUCUCUGCUCUGCACCAACUGAACUAGGGAAACUGGCUCAAAGGUUUACAUAGGCAAAGACCUAAGAA